AUGAAUUAAAGCAAUCCUUUUUUGGAAAAAUCUUCUCGAUCGUAGAUGUAAACAAAUGAUAUAAAUUCAUGGUUAAGAAGAAGGUAAUAAUCAAGUUUAUAAUUGUAGGCAUUUUAAUAAGGUGAAAAAAUAAUAUCUCUUAUAUCCUGAUUAGAUGAAGUAAGAGUAAGAAAUAAAGAAAAUAUUUAUCAACUUUGAUAGAGAUAAGUCAAGUAUUAUGACUAUUGAAUGAAAUAGAAAAUAUUGAUAUUGGAGAAAUGUACGAUAUGUUUUAAAAAUAUGGAUUUGGUGUUACAGAAAAAUAACUAAAAGAUUUUUUUAGAGUAGUCGAUAAGGAUAAAGAUAGUAUUAUUUAAAUGAUAAAUUAGAUGCAUUAAAUUGGGAUGAGUUUAAAAAUUCUGUGAUCGAUGCAGAUGCAUCUAAAAGUAUAAAUAAUUAUAUAAAAUCUAAUAGUUUUCUAUAACAUAAUUAAGGAAGUUAGAUAAAAUUCAAAAGUAGAAUCAUCAAGUAAUUUUGGAUAUAUACCAUUUUAAUUUAAUGAUAUGAUAAGCUAUUUAAAUUAUUUAAUUAGCAGAAAUGAAUUAUAAGAAUCCAUUUAGGUAAUAAGCUUCUUAAUGAUAGCAAAAUUCAUUAACAACAUAUGAAAAAUUUUAAUAAUACUUAUAGUUAAUUUAAUUGAAUUAGAAUUAAAAUUAAAUUUAGAACUAAAAUAAUCACAUAAAUCCCAUAAAAGAGGAUGUGUAAGAAUAAACAUAAGAAGAAUUAGAAUUUACAAAAGUUCAUAAAAAUAAAUUUACUUAUUCAAAAACUUCAUGUAAUUUUAAUAUUAAUUAUAGUUUACAAUUCUAAUGAUUUACCAUUAUUAUUAAAAUUGAAAUCUAAUAAAAAAUAAAAUGUUUAAAAGGAUCAAAAUAUGAGAACAAGUAUUGAUUCUUAAUAAACUUAAUUUUCCAAUUAAUUUAGUUUACAAACUUAAGUAAAAUCAGAAAGACAUCUUCAUCAAAAUUUGCAUAAUAAUCAUAUUUUAAUAUUAAAUACUUCAUCAUAACAUUUAGCCAUUCCAAAUGAUAAAUAUAAUAAAUCUUAAAAUAUGGAAUCUAAUGCAAAAUCAACACCUUAUUUAUAACUAAACUAAAAAAAGAUUAAUUCAAGUUAUAGAGAACCUUUUUAAACAGAAAUGAGUACUAAAUACAAUUCUAAGAAUAAUAGUGAUCAUCUUCCAAUAACUUUGAUGAGUGAAUUGUAAAAAUUUUAAGUUUUGUCUGGAAAUCAUAAGAGAAGACAUACAAAUUUGAUAAAAACUUCAUCAAAUAAAUAAUUAGAUGUCAAUUAAAAAAAAUUAACAUCAUUAUUAAAAACUUCAGCAGAUGUACAUCAACUAAUAAAUAUUUAGUUAUAUCCUCACUCUCCAAGUAAUAGUAAAUUAUGUACACCUAGAUUUUUGAGAAAUGAAAAAUGUAUUACUUACAGAAAAACUUUCAAUCGGCCUAUUUUCUAAACUUAUUCUUAAUAUAAUAAAUCAGAGAUACCAUUAAAUAUUGCUCUAAAGGGAAAAUCUUUGUAAAUAAAGUGA